AUGUUUCGAGUCCUGGCGCAGCUGUGUGCAGUGGGGCUUGUAACUACUUGCGCUGAGCACGUGGACCUGCAGCUCAUGCAGAUGCACACGGCCAGUCUCUUGCGUGGCAGUGAGAUCUGGCCGGGAUGCCGUACCUCAACCCAGGGCGACGAGUGUUACGAGAAGGUGAUGUGGGCGAUGCGGACGGGCAUCAACCAACACCCAAAGUGGUAUCUCCCUCUGACGAGUAAUUCCAGCUUCGAGGACUUCCAGCAGCACCUGCACGCCGUGGAUCGGCUCUCUGACGUGUGCCCCAAGCCAUGUGCAGCGGCGCAGUCAGAGGAGCGACCGACCGAGCAGUUGCCCGCAGUGCCACAGGAGUGUCGCACCAGCGUUGAGGGCGACGAGUGUUACGAGAAGGUGAUGUGGGCGAUGCGGACGGGCAUCAAACAACACCCAAAGUGGUAUAUCCCUCUGACGAGUAAUUCCAGCUUCGAGGACUUCCAGCAGCACCUGCACACCGUGGAUCGGCUCUCUGACGUGUGCCCCAAGCCAUGCGCAGCGGUGCAGUCAGAGGAGCGACCGACAGAGCAGUUGCCCGCAGUGCCACAUGCAUGCCGCACCAGUGUUGAGGGCGACGAGUGUUACGAGAAGGUGAUGUGGGCGAUGCGGACGGGCAUCAAACAACACCCAAAGUGGUAUAUCCUCUGA